GAGCCACGCUCUGCGCGACUGGCUGCGCAAACUGAAGGACGCCGCCUACGACGCCGACGACCUGCUGGACGUACGAGAUCCGGACGCAAGCUCAAAAGGAUGAAAGAGCUCAGAGAAAACAUCGAUAAGAUCGCAAAACAGAAGGACACUUUCGGUCUUGCCGAAGCUGGCACUGUUCGGCAGGCUGAGUUCAAGCGCCCUGAGGCAUGCUCGCUUGUCGACGUAAAGAAAAUAGUUGGGAGAGAUGAUGAUAAAGAGAAAAUUGUGAAGCUCCUGCUAGAGACUAACAGCGAUCACGACGUGUCGGUCAUUCCGAUCGUGGGAUUGGGGGGUUUGGGGAAGACGACGCUCGCUCGGCUGGCCUUCGACGACGGGCGUGUUACGGGCCAGCAGCGCUUCGAUCUACGGGCGUGGGUCUGCGUGUCUACCGAUUUCGACAUGAAGAAGAUUGCAAAGCCGGUGAUAUCUGCAGCGGGAGAGAAUUGUCAUGAUCUUGAUAACUCGGAUGCCGUCGGCCAUUGCCUUGUCAGAAUCUUUAGCCAGAAGAGAUUUUUGCUGGCGCUGGAUGAUGUGUGGAACGAAGAUCAGGAAAGGUGGGAGAAUUUGAAGGUUUUAUUUAAGGAUGGUAAGCAAGGAAGUAAAAUCUUAGUGACCACGCGGAGCGAAAAGGUUGCCGAGAUAAUGAGAACAGUCGAACCGCACCGUGUGAAAGGCUUAUCAGAUGAUGAUUGUUGGACAUUGUUCAAAAGGCGGGCAUUCAAGGAAGGGGAAGAGAAAGACUAUCCGAGCUUGGUCGAGAUCGGAAAGCAGAUAGUAAAGAAGUGCGGCGGUGUGCCUUUAGCAGCAAAUGCUUUAGGCAGUAGGAUGCGCUUUAAGAGCAGGACGGAGGAUGCAUGGUCCGCUAUUAGAGAUAGCGAAAUAUGGAGAUUGGAAAACAAGGAAACUAUUUUACCAUCAUUGAAAUUGAGCUACAUUCAGAUGCCAUCGGCUUUGAAGCAGUGCUUUGCUUACUGCUCCUUAUUUCCCAAAGACUAUGAGAUUGACAAGGAUGACUUGAUCCGGCAAUGGAUUGCUUUAGGCUUCAUUUCAUCACAUGAAAGAAGGACUUCGAUGGAAGAUAUUGGGAAUGAGUACCUUAACGAUCUAUUAUGGAUGUCUUUUCUUCAAGAUGUGUGGGAAAAAUAUAGAAAGGGUACCACCUGCCGUAUGCAUGAUUUAGUGCACGACCUUGCACAAUCUGUGGCACGAGAAGAGGUUGUUGUUAUAGGUGCAGAAGAGUCAACAAGGAUCCCAGAAGGUUGCCGCUAUGCAUCAAUACACAGUAGUUUCAUGCCACAGGUUUCAAUUACCGUAAUGCGAAGGUUGCGAACUCUUCAAUUUAGGGAAUCUGGUUCACCUAUUAUGAAUUUUUAUAGCGAGGCAAAAUGGUUACGCCUGUUGGAUUUACAUGAUUCCGAAAUUUCUAUGUUGCCAAGCUCAAUCAGUAAGUUGAAGCUCUUAAGAUACCUCAACCUUUCGGAGAACAGUAUACAAGAAUUGCCUAAAUCAAUUGCCAGCCUCUGCAACUUGCAAACCUUGAAUCUUUCAGGCUGCCAAAAGAUCCGUACAUUACCCAAAUUUCUAGGAAGGCUUACGAAUUUGCGGAGUUUAGAUUUAAGCGACUGCAGUUCUCUGACAAUACCUGACUCCAUUAGCAACCUUCAGAAUUUGUACGCACUAAAUUUGUCUAACUGCCAAGAGGUGAUAUCACUUGAACCUAUAUGUCACCUCCAAAACCUGCAUUACCUAUACCUAACAGGUCUAUAUUAUUUGGAAACAUUACCUGAAUCCAUUGGGAGCCUUCAAAACUUGCGUAUUCUAGAUCUUUGUCACUGUCGUUCUCUACAAUCAUUACCCUUAUCGUUAUGUGAUCUUCAGCAUUUAGAGAAACUCAAAAUUUUUGACUGUGGAAAAUUAUGUGAGCUGCCUAAAAUGAUCCAAAAGCUGACCAAACUAAAAGAAUUGUUAAACGGCUGUUGCUUUAAAUUGAAGGCCAUGCCCCGUGGGAUCGGCAAGUUAGUUAGCUUGCGGGAAUUGUCCUUUUUUGUCGUUGGCAAGCAAGACCGCGUCGAACAUUGUGCUAGCAUUUCUGAGCUAGAGCACUUGAAGCUUGUUGGCCAGCUGUGGAUCAAGGGUCUCGAAAAUGUAACGAGUCCGGUUGAUGCCAAGGCUGCAAAUUUGAUAGAGAAGAACCUGCGGUCUUUGAAGUUGGAAUGGAACGUUUUAAGUGCGGAAGAAGGCAUGGAUAGUAUUGUACUAUCGGCAGAAGAGAUCGAAACCGUGCUAGAAAAUCUUCAACCACAUCAAAAGCUAGAGAAUUUGGAAAUACAAGGCUACGGAAAUGGGAAGUUUCCUAGCUGGAUGAUGAAUAGGAUUGGCUCGUCCCUCCCAAAUCUCGUUGAAAUCAAACUUGAUAAUAUUCCCGUAUGCAGCUCACUCCCGCCGCUGGGGCAACUUCCUUUUCUUAAAGAACUACAUAUAGGAAAUAUGCCCGCAGUAACAAAUUUGGGCGUAGAUAAGUUCCCUGCGCUGACGAGCCUUUGCUUGGCCUCCAUGCCAAUGCUGCGAGAAUGGGUGACGGUAUUGACGGUGGAUGACGAAGAAUGCAGGCGAGAGUGAGUUCCCAUUUUUCCGUGUCUCACUCGAUUGUUGCUUAUAGAAUGUCCCCAAUUGAGGCCGGAGCCUUGCCUCCCGCCAUCGGUUGAGCAUCUGACCAUUUCCCGAAUAAGCAGCGAGAACCUAUCUUUAAUUCUCGAACAUGCGACGCCACUUGAUGGCCGUGAUGCUGCUGUUUCACUCCAACCACCACCAAAUAAGGUGUUGCGGAAUCUAACAAUACGCGAAUGUCAGCAGCUUUCUUGUUUGCCCCAGAGCUUGCGGAGCCUCACGUUCCUCCAGAGACUAGUAAUACGUCAUUGCAAAGAUCUUGAGAGAAUUGAAGAUUGGCUCGGGGAGCUCUCCGACCUGCAGUACUUGGAGAUCUUGGGGUGCAGGAGUCUCCGUUACUUUCCUGCCCACAAGAUGACUGCACUUCAGGAGUUACAAAUUCACAGUUGCCCGCUGUUGUUCGAUGCAGCAGGACAAUUUGUCGACACCACUAUCGAUCACAUCAAAUAUGUCAAAGUUAAUAUAAGGAAAUACUCAUAUGGGGAAGAAGGAAGCAGCUCAUCAGAGGAGGAGGAGAAGAAGAGUUGGACUAGUUGUUGGAGCAGAUCGAAUUGGUUAGCGAGAAGAGCAUAAGUUUAUGUACCUAUUAUUUGGAGGUUGGUGCUAUUUAGCGUGCCGGACAAGAAUCGUAGUGUGCUGUUGUCGGUUAUAUAAUAUAUAUUUGUGUUUUCGUGAUAUAAAUUUAGUUUCUGAAUGUACUAUUUUAUAAUUUGGAUUGAUUGUUUGUAAUUUUAUGGUGUUCUCUAUACAUGUUAUGGGCUUGAAAAAGAUUGUUUGGUUUGAAUAAACAAAAUGUUGCUACUUUUUUAAUACGGAUAUUAGAGGGUACAGUAAUUUUUAA